GGCCACAUACGCAAAAGAACCUUUCUACACUUAAGAGGUGGAACUUUGUUGUUAUUUUCUAGAUAAAAAGUUAGUGCUGUGGGUGUAAUUACUUGGAUUUUUUUUUUUUGUCUGAGUCAAUACUCAAAAACUUGAAAAGUAUAAGGUGAGGUGGUGAACAAUUACGAACAGAGUUUGAAGGCCAUGAUGAAUCGAGGAAAGAUUCUUGGUUUUGUGGCGUUGGCUGCAUUAUUGCUGGUGGCUGUGAAUGCCCGGGAAGAGGAAGGCCCCUGUGAGGAAGACGAUUUUGAUAUCGAAUCUGCACAAAUAAACUACGAUCCCAUGACUUCCAGAUUGGCUCCUUCUCGAGUUGAAAGGCAACUCCAAUUAAAUGACCCCGCCUACCAGCCUCGACAGGUAUACGAUCUGAAGAAAGAGGAACUGGAUGAAAUUCGUAAAGAGAAAAUGUACCCGUUUUACGACAAAGACGCGUACGGGAAAAGUGGCGAUCUCGUGAGGGAAAUCAACGACAACAGCGCCCAAGUUCAGAAGCAACUCAAUUUCUUGCUUCCUUUCUUUGGUUUUGGGUUUAAUUAUACAUGGCUUUCCAUCCAUGGUUUCCUUGGCUUCAGUGAUUCAAUGGGAUCGUCCCCAUUGCCACCUCUGCAGUUCCCCGUUCAAACUUGGCCAGUAGAUAACGAUCCGUCGUUUAUCAGCCCUUUCUACAGUCGCUGCCGUAUUGGUAGAGUGAAGGAGAGCGAUCAAGAUAAGAGGACGCCUGGUGUUUACUUUCGGCUAGAGCGUGAUUUACCCGCUAGAUUCGAUGAAUCAGGUGUUAAAAUGAGAGAGAGAAUUAAGUGGGACAUUCGGGAGGCCAUUGUUGGAUCCGAAAACUUUUUCCCGAAACACGCCAUUAUUGCCACCUGGAAAAAUGUCAGCUUUGUUGGUGGAUAUAAUGCAAUGGAAAAUACAAACACCUUCCAAAUCGUCAUUGUUACGGACGAAGUUCGUACCUACGCCAUGUUCAACUACGCCCAUCUUGGCUGGACGACGCACGCUGAAGCCGGAGGCGACACCAAUACUGGACAAGGAGGUGUCCCAGCUUUUGUUGGCUUCAACGCAGGCAACGGCACGAAAGCUUACGAAUACAAGCCUUACUCGCAAGACAUGCGAAUCCGUGACCUCACCUACAAAGGAUACGCCAACCGAAUACCUGGACGCCAUGUUUUCCGAAUCGAUGAACGUGUCAUGAGUGGAAAUUGCUUUGACGAUGAAACUGUUUACACGUCCCAGCCUCUGGUUUUUGCUCCAGAAAGUGGCAAUAUGAUGGGUGGCAUGAUGGUCAACGUGACAGGACCUUGUUUCAACGCUGAUCGUCGAAUCAUUUGCCGUUUUGACACGCAAGAUGUCGUUGGCAAGUACAUUGACCAAAACCGAGCCGUCUGCAUCAUGCCGAGGGUUUACGCCACUGGCUAUGUCGACUUGACUAUCUCCAUCGAUGGCGGCAAUUUCAACUGGAAAGGGCGUUUCUAUGUUGAAUCUCCUACAACGGCACCUGAGAUGGUUUGGUUCCAAACGGAAAAUUUCCACGAGCUGAAUCCACCAGAGCUCCGACUGCGUUGGGACAAGACUAACUUGACUGUCGAUGAAUCAGCCAAAGUCCGUAUAUCUGUGUGGGGCUACCGUGAAGAUACAGUUAACCCGAAAAUGGAAUACAUUGACAUGCUGACGGAUGGUGUGGUCAACAAUGGUGACGUCAAAAUUUAUCCACUGGAUUUUGCGAAUCGUGACAACGGUCCCAAUCUUCGACAAUAUACUUUUGGUUUCAUUCAAAUUAAUUUGACUAUUUAUGAUCCCAAAGUUGGCAUGUCUCCAAUCCUAUGGAGUCGCCCAAUUCCGCUCGGUUGGUACUUCAGUCCUCAAUGGAAACGCUUCGAAGGGGAUAAAUGGGCCCAUGAUCGCUGCAAUAAAUGGAUCGACUACGACCGGCAGAUGCGACCGUUCACCUACGAAUUGCCCAUUUGUCCAUGCAUGAUGCAUCAAGCCGCCUCUGAUAAAGGACGUUACGUCCCCGAUUUUGAAUGCGAUCGCUUUGGUAACGCACAGUGUUUUUACCAUCAAGGAGCUCAAAUGUGUUACCGAUCAGGACUCUCCAGUCGAGAUGGUGCUGGCCAGCAAUGUUGUUACGAUAAAGACGGCCUGCUCAUGAUGACUUCAGACAACAAAUGGGGCGGAAAUCCUGGACGAUCCCACAAUUUAGGCCUGAUGCCCUGGAAUGAGGCCGGCAAAGUCCCUAGUCUUUCACAUUGGCAAAUGGACGUCACCCCGUUUUACACCUGUUGCCUUUGGCAAGAUGAAACGAGCGAAGAUUGUGAAAUUUAUCGUUUCGAACGUCGAGCUUCGCAAGACUGUGUCGGCUAUCAACCACCUGGCGCUGCUGCUGUUUUCGGAGAUCCUCAUUUCUACACGUUUGACAACAUGACGUACACAUUCAAUGGAAAAGGCGAAUUUGUUCUUGUCCGGGCAGACACCGUCCGUCACAAGCUCGACGUGCAGGCCCGAUUUGAAGCGAUUCCCAACAACGUUUACGGCACGGCUCGUGCAACAGUCCUUACUGCAGUCGCAGCCCAAGAAAACACUUCUGUCGUCGUGGAAGUUCGAAUUCGGCCACCGUACGCUCAAUGGAGAUAUCGUUUAGACGUGAUUGUCGAUCAGCGUUACGUUUAUUUUGACACUUUCAGUCGCCACGUCCAAAACUUUAAAGGUGUGACGGUGUAUACUCCUACGUCGAUUUUGAACCAGAGUCAUGUGGUCAUCAUGUUCCAGUCAGGCGCAGGCGUGGAAGUUGUUGAGAAUAAUCGUCACAUGUCAGCCCGCGUAUAUCUGCCCCUCAGCUAUAUGAAUCAAACGAGAGGACUUUUUGGAAAUUGGUCCAUGGACCUUUACGAUGAUUUCACCUUACCAGACGGCACACCCGGCCCAUCACUUGACAUCAACAACCUGGAAAGUCUUCACAACUCCUUUGGAAUGAAAUGGUCGGUGGAUGACAAAUUCGAUCCAUACAAGGGCAAAAGUUUGUUUUACCAUGAAAACGGCCGUUCUUCCAACUUUUUCUACGAUGCCACCUUCCAGCCUAUUUUCGACGUCAAACCCCCUCUACCUGCCAAUUAUUCGAGUCUGAAUUCGACGCAGAUCGACCAAACCUGUGGUAACUCGUACCAGUGUUACUAUGAUUACGCAGUGACGUUGAACCGCCAGUAUGCUAUUUACGCCAAAUACUAUUUGGAUGAAAUUGUCAACAUCAAAUCGAAUAACCUGAAAGUCGUGAUUUCAUGUGGAGCGUUGCCGGCCCCUAAAAAUGGUCGCAAGAGUACGUUCGCCUACACACCGGGCACUUUUGUCAAAUUCGAUUGCGAUCCUGGUUACGUUCUGGUUGGUGAAGAUCGUCGUUGGUGCUACGCUUCAGCCGAGUGGAACUGGGCCUUGUGGGGAGACGCCCAAUGCAUACCUGAAAAGGAGUACGCGGCUGAGAAAGCCGGCAUCAUCGCCGGUAUUGUGCUGGCCGUGCUGGUCCCACUAAUGAUCCUCGCCUACUGUUGCUGCCGACGACAGCGCCGUAAUUACAAGAAAGGCUUAGAGAACAAGACUCUCAAAAUUUUAACGACUUCUCGUCACUCACUGAACGACACGUCAGGCCACGGCCUCACCGUUUCUGCCAAAGGCUCAGCACCGGCUCAUGUCGAAUCCGGUUGGAAGACGAAAGAAAGUCACAGCACAAGUCCAUUUAGUUCGGGAAUCGGCUCUGAUGAAGAAAGGAAAACAAAUGCAAGUACCGUUUCGACUUUUGAUCGUGGCAGUAGCCCGAGCAGCACGUCCACUGCAGUUAAAGUCAGCCCAACCGAAAGCUCGUCCAGUGGAAGCAACAGUAGCAGAAAUCGGGAGUCAGCGCCAUCUAGCGUCGGUUCAAAAACCAACCAUCAGCGCUAUGACGGUGUUUAUUAUACGCACGAACCGAUCAGAGGUGCCCCAGUAAUAGAUUUCGUUGAUGACAACAUGGAUGUAGAAAUCAAUCAUCGAAAUACCGAAGUGUAACCGAAUCGCACGUAGUAAAUUGAAGAACCCACAACGGCAAUUGAUUAACGAACAACAAACAUUUUUGUACGACGUUUGAGACACCAUCGCUAGUAACACAUUUUUUUCUUCUCAAAGAGUAGAACGCAAUUAUUUUUCACACAAAGUUCGACGUAAAUGAUGAAUAAUUCUUAUGCAAAUAUCCUGAAAGCCAUUUAUUUUCCAUUAGCCGUCCGUUAAGUCUGUACUAACAACGUCUCAUUUUCACCUUACGAAUGGAAAAAAUACAUUGAUCAUCAUUUAA